CUUUCUUUUUUCUCAGCUCCAAACUUCCAGAAAGGAAAGAAAUAAAUGAAAAAAAAAAGAAAAAAAAAAGAAACACAUGUUCUUGAUUCACAGUCAGCUGAGUGAGUGAAGAUUUGAGGAUUUUCUGUUCUUGAGGUGAAUUUGGGUUGAUGAAAAUAGUGAGAAAUGGGUUGAUGUUGUUGUUGUCGUUGUUGUUGUUGUUGUGGUGUUUGUUGGGGUACUUUUUGGUGUGUUUUUGAAGCUGUGAUUGUUUAAAGAUUUUCGAGGCCAACUCCAAAUCAUUGCUUUCUCUUACUUUUGUCUCCAUAAUUCUUUCUGUUUAUAUCAUUCACUUUCAUACUUCCUUUCUUUCCCAUUCCAAUUCCCGUUUCCCUCUCUUCCAAAAGCCUAAAUUAUUAGGGUUUUGGAUCCGCCUCUAUUUCCUUGCCGGACUGUCAUGGCGGGAUGAUGAUUCCAUGACUUUUCUGCUGUGGUUUGGUUUCUAUGGGGUGUGUUUUUGGCCGAGAGGUCUCUGCGAAGCCUGUCCAGAGAGCGGAGGCGGAGGCGGAGGAGGAGGAGAGACCGAAGGCCGCAGCGGCGGCGGAGGAAAUUAGGGCUUCUGCUAAACCGGUGGUUGCUGUGGCUAAUGCUAAUGCUAAUGCUAAUGCUCGCAAUGGUGGCUGCAGGAAGGAGGUUGAGGAUCAUAGAGGUUUGAGGUCGAGAGGCGAGCGGCGGCGACGGCCGAAUCCGAGAUCGAGUAAUCCGCCGAAACAUGUGCAUGGCGAGCAAGUCGCCGCCGGUUGGCCUGCUUGGCUCUCCGCUGUUGCCGGUGAGGCUAUCAACGGAUGGAUUCCUCGCCGUGCUGAUUCUUUCGAGAAGCUUGAUAAGAUUGGGCAAGGAACUUAUAGUAAUGUGUACAAAGCAAGGGAUACUUUGACAGGGAAGAUUGUGGCUCUAAAGAAGGUUCGUUUCGACAAUUUGGAGCCCGAGAGUGUGAAAUUUAUGGCUCGAGAAAUUCUCAUUCUGCGACGUUUGGAUCAUCCUAAUGUUGUGAAACUCGAAGGUUUAGUGACAUCCCGGAUGUCAUGUAGUUUAUAUCUUGUGUUUGAAUACAUGGAGCAUGAUUUGGCUGGACUUGCUGCGAGCCCAACGAUCAAGUUUACCGAACCGCAGGUUAAAUGUUAUAUGAACCAAUUGUUAUCAGGGCUCGAACACUGCCACAACCGUCACGUGCUGCAUCGCGAUAUAAAGGGAUCGAAUCUUCUGAUUGGUAAUGAUGGGAUCCUUAGGAUAGCUGAUUUCGGGUUAGCUUCCGUCUUUGAUCCGAACCAGAAGCAGCCUAUGACAAGUAGGGUGGUUACGCUAUGGUAUCGACCUCCUGAACUUCUUCUCGGAGCUACCGAUUAUGGCGUUGGUGUAGACCUUUGGAGUGCUGGCUGCAUUUUAGCUGAGUUGUUAGCUGGAAAGCCUAUCAUGCCCGGUCGCACGGAGGUCGAGCAGCUACAUAAGAUAUUCAAGUUAUGUGGCUCUCCUACAGAGGAAUACUGGAAGAAGUCAAGGUUGCCUCAUGCAACCAUAUUCAAGCCUCAACAUUCAUACAAGAGAUGCAUAUCAGAGACGUUUAAAGACUUCCCGCCAUCGUCUCUGCCGCUAAUCGAGACACUUCUUGCAAUCGACCCAGAUGAACGCCUGACUGCCACUGCUGCGUUACAUAGUGAGUUUUUCACUACCAAGCCAUAUGCCUGUGAGCCUUCCAGCCUCCCCAAGUAUCCUCCAAGCAAGGAAAUGGAUGCAAAACUGCGGGAUGAAGAAGCAAGAAGGCUAAGAGCUGCUGGCAGGUGCAAUGCAGAUGGGGUGAAGAAAUCACGGGCACGCGAUCGAGCUGUUCGUGCAAUUCCCGUUCCAGAAGCCAAUGCUGAGCUUCAGGCCAAUCUCGAUCGGCGACGUCUCAUUACACACGCAAAUGCAAAGAGCAAGAGCGAAAAGUUUCCUCCUCCACAUCAAGAUGGAGCACUUGGCUACUAUCUAGGAACUUCACAUCACAUCGAUCCAAUCUAUGAUCCUCCCGACGUUCCAUUUAGCUCCAUGAAUUUCUCGUACCCGAAAGCAAACAUUCAUACAUGGUCUGGUCCAUUGAUGGAUCCAGCUGCUGUUGGUGCUCCAAGACGAAAAAAACACACAGCAGGGGAUUGUCAUUCAUCAAAGGACUUACGAAAAGAUAAACACUCUGCUCGAGUCUAAUUCACAGAAAUCGGUUUCGUAGAGCUUUGGACAGUUUUAAGGUCAAGCCCGAGAAAUUCGAUUGAAUUCAAGGGAGAGGUAAAGAGUAUAUCCUUUGUCAUUUUAAAUUUUCAGUUUUC